AUGUUGAAUGAAAAUGUUACUAAUGAAGAUGAUUUGUUCCCAGACCCCUUUGAUAGUGAGAUGCCACACAAUCAAGUUCCGGAGACUGAAGGUACUGAAGAAGUGUAUCGGGUCAACAUUGAUGAGGAAACCCACCUUCGAACGAGUUUACUUACGAACAUAUCCGGCGUAGUUCUUCAACCGUUGAUCCAAUCCAAAUUCCAACUUCCAGAGUUCAAAACCGAAGUAGAGGAAGACGAGGGAGUACUUUACAAAGAUCUGCAGGAUCUUCACGAGUCUCUCAAGGGAGUGGUCCACGAGGAAGUCGGAAAAAACAAUCAUUUGAGGCAACAUUGA